AUGUCUCAACUUAGCUACGCACGCUACGGCAAGGACAAUGUCCGCCUAUACAAGGUUGAUAAGGAUCCCAAGACUGGUAUUCACACUGUUGUAGAGCAGACUGUCCGCAUUCUGCUCGAGGGAGACAUUGAGACCUCCUACACCAAGGCAGACAACUCAGUCAUAGUCGCAACAGACACCCAGAAGCAGACUACCUACAUCCUCGCCAAGCAGAACCCCAUCGAUCCUCCCGAGCAGUUCGCUGCCAUCAUUGGCAACCACUUCGUUAACACUUACUCGCACAUCCAUGCCGCGCAUGUCAAGAUCAUCCAGCACCGAUGGACUCGUAUGGAAAUCGACGGCAAGCCUCACCCACACUCGUUCUACCGCGACGGUGACGAGAUCCGUGUCGUCGAGGCAGUAACAAGGGAGGGACAGGGCUCCUCUAUUCGCUCCAAGAUCGAAAAGCUGCUCGUGCUCAAGAGCACUGGUUCUGCUUUCCAUGGCUUCCACCGCGACGAGUACACACGUUUGCCUGAGACUUGGGACCGCAUUCUCAGUACAGAUAUUGAGGCUGGCUGGCAAUGGAAGCUCUUCAAGACGCUGGAGGAGGUCAAGGCAAUUGACUUCAACGGUGCUUGGAAGGCGGCAAGGGACAUCACAUUGAAGAUCUUCGCCGAGGACGACAGUGCCAGUGUGCAGGCCACCAUGUACAAGAUGGCCAACAACAUUCUUGCUGUUGUUCCUCAGAUCGAGGCAGUUGACUACGCUCUGCCCAACAAGCACUUCUUCGAGAUUGACCUCUCGUGGCACAAGGACAUCAAGAAUACCGGCAAGGACGCGACCGUUCUCGCUCCCCAAUCCGACCCCAACGGCCUCAUCCAGUGCACGGUCACUCGCAAGCCCACCAAAUCCAAGCUAUAG